CUUACACUCGCUGAGGUAUGCAUUCUCCCUUACGAUCUAAUGACCCUUACUUAUGACUUGUACCACAGACUCUGUGUCUUUAGGUGAUCGCUACUGGUCGUAUCUCCACUGCGCGGUAUUGUCUGCGACACAAUCCACGUGGCUCCGGUUGCCUGGCCUGUAUAGCACCACAUUCCGAAACGCCGCAGUCUGCGUUGGACAUGAGCACAUGAAAAUAUUAAACAGAAUCCUCCCUUCAUCGAAGCGGCUUCAAAUAAUAAGCGCCACAAAGUAUAGGGUUGAAGAUUUGGAUUGUAUUCUAGUGUAGUCUUCAACAUCAGCUGUGCUGUCGGAUGUCACUGGACUUCAAUCACCAGGGAAUAUCAAUCCCCCUCCGCUGAUCAUGAUGGGACU